AUGCAAGGAGUGACAAAAGACACGGAAAUACCAAAGACACCCUGCCAAGCAACCCGCGCAGCACAGACCCCUACCUCAGCACCACGACCCCCUCACCCGCAGACCACCAGCCCCUUCUUGCCGCGUCUCCCCGCAGAAACCCAUCUCCAGCACUACGGCUGGCUCUUCGGCCGCCGCUUGCCGCACUACUCCAACUGGUGGGACGACUCCGCGCAACGAUGGCGGACCCUCCAGCACGGCUGGUUCUCCCUCUGGAACAUUAUCGUCAAUGACACUUGUACCUAUAUCCGUGGACCCUGCGAACGUCGAGAAACCCCGCUCCGCGGAGAAAGAGUGCGAUACCUGAAUGGAUCGCGCGCCGAUGCGCACGUGUCGGCUGGCGUACAUCGAGCGUUCGCGCGGCAGACCCCACGCGGGGGCACCCGCGCUCAUCCGCCGGCCCACCUUGCGCUGGGAGCUGUACUGGACAGCAUUCGCUUCCCGCACGCAAGCCCGCGCGGCCGCGCCGACUACACGCGCGUCUGGCGUGCGCUGGCGGCCACGUUGCCGCACCUGCGCAAGGUGCGGAUCAGGAUCAACCCUCGCUUUGGGGAGGAUGAGGGCUCUGACGAGGCCGGGGAGAAGAUUGCCACCCGGUCGAAUAGUCGGCAGUUCAUCGACGACGACGACCUCCCUGAGUUUCAAGACGCGUGGCUGGAAGGCAUGGGGUGGGCGGUCGAUCGUCUAUCUGACUUGGCGCUCUUCCAGAUCGCGCUGCACGUGGACAUCUAUCACCAUCUGCGGGCGCGGGUGAAGCUCUUCCUGGCCGCCCGGCAACGACAGCAGCAGCAGUAG